AUGAAGCUAGCCACCAUUUCUCUUGCCUUGCUCCUAACUGCAAGUAAUUUUGUCUUUGGAUCUGCAGAACAGACAACCUUUGAUCUGGAACCGGACUUCCGUACCCAAAAGAACAUCUUAUUCUCCUGUAGUGCAGGUGGAUCCUCGCAUAUUGUUUGGGUCCUUUCUAUUCUUGAAGAACUUCAAGUCAGAGGUCAUCACACGAUAUAUUAUACUAGAGAAGAUCAUGCCAAAUUCAUUAAAAAUGCUCCUUCAGUUGAACUAAUCGUAGGAGCACCGUCCUUGGUGUCAAAAGAAGAAAUGCAGACAAUACAAAAAGGAAUAUUGUCCAUGUCUCCAGUAGAUCAAUUCGCAUAUCUUGUUGGUUUAUUUGGGAACAGGGGUAUAGACUCUUAUACCGGACAUUUGGAUGUUUUCUCAAAGAAAAAAGUGGAUCUCGCUAUAUGUGAUCAUUUUGAUGGAACCUGUGCUGAAGCCGCAACCAAAGCCAAAAUUCCUUUUAUAGUAACAUCUACAUAUGCAUUUAGUCCAGACUCUCUUACGCCCUAUGUUAACAGAGAUAUGCUUACCUUGCAUCAUCCUACUGUCAAAGGCCUCUCAUUUUCGGAAAGACUGCAAGAUAAGGUCAUCAGUCCUAUACGGUUCAUCCUCAAGGCAUGGCCUACAAUACAAAGCAUCAAUAAAAAAAAGCGAGCAAUCGGAGUGGACCCGAUUGUGCAUCCUUCAGAGCUACCAAAAGACUCUUUCAAGCUUGUCAACUCCUUCUUUGGCUUUGAGCCUUCUCGCCCCGUUGGUCCACUUGUAGAGGUCAUAGGUCCCAUUAUCCCCAAAACUCACCCUGUUCUCAACACUGAUCUUCAGCAGUUCCUGGAUAAUCAUCGCAGAGUUGUCUAUGUCGCUUUUGGCCAAAUGGCUAUCCCCAGCCCCAAAGACAUUCAACUGAUCUUGACAUCACUUUUGGAAAAUAUGGAAGCAGGCAAGCUUGAUGGGGUCAUCUGGGGUACCCGCGGCAUCCAAGACCUCUUUCCCGAGUACUUGGCAACACGCUCCAAUACCACAUAUGACGUAAAAAGCUUCUUUGAUAAGCCAGCGAAUGGUAGCAACAUUGCCUUUGUCAAUUGGGCGCCACAAGUAGCUAUCCUUCAUCAUCCUUCGACUGCAAUGUUCAUAACACACGGUGGAGCAGGCUCUCUUUUUGAAUCGAUGUACGAGGGCGUUCCUGUAGCCGUUUUUCCUUUCUUUGGCGACCAGCCUGGUAACGCAAUCAAGGUUGAAGAAAUUGGCAUUGGCCGCUGGUUGAAGAGAGACUAUGAUCAGUCAACGGCAACUGCUCUUAUUGAAGAAAUCCUUGAGGACAAGACUGGAAAAUACAAGCGAAAUAUCAACCGCUUCAAGGCUAUAGCUCAAAUCAGAUCAAGAAGUGGAGUCACUCGUGGAGCUGAUGUUGUUGAAGAAGCUCUGUUUACACAUGAAGAUGGAAAGAUAACUCAUAGAAGAGAUGUCCGAAGAGAACUCUCAUUCAUUAAAGCAUACAAUCUGGACAUCUACGCCUUUGUGGCUGCUUUCUUGGUGGCAUCCGUAUCCAGUGCAGGAUACCUUGUGUAUAAAGCGUACUUGUACAUCCAAAAGAACACAGACCUCCUUGCUCAGCAAAGGUCCAAAAGCCAAAAGUUAAAGAAGAUAUAG